AUGGGUGGUCACAAGCCCGGGCUGCCGCUCUGGGCCGUGGAGGUCACGGACACGUUGCCUGAUGCUUACGUCGGAAGCCUGGAUGUGCCGAGGCCCAAUAGCAGAGUGGAGAUCGUGGCGGCCAUGCGCCGGAUACGGUACGAGUUUAAAGCCAAAAACAUCAAGAAGAAGAAGGUGAGCAUUAUGGUUUCAGUGGAUGGCGUGAAAGUGAUUCUGAAGAAGAAGAAAAAGAAAAAGGAGUGGACGUGGGAUGAAAGCAAGAUGCUGGUGAUGCAGGACCCCAUCUACAGGAUCUUCUACGUCUCUCAUGAUUCCCAAGACCUGAAGAUCUUCAGCUAUAUCGCCCGAGAUGGUGCCAGCAAUAUCUUCAGGUGUAACGUCUUUAAAUCCAAGAAGAAGAGCCAAGCCAUGCGCAUCGUGCGGACGGUCGGGCAAGCCUUCGAGGUCUGCCACAAGCUAAGUCUGCAGCACACGCACCAGAACGCAGACGGCCAGGAGGACGGUGAGGGCGAGAGGGACAGCAGCAGUUCGGGGGAGCCAGGCCGCCAGCUCACUGGAGCCGAGAGGGCCUCCACGGCCACCGCAGAGGAGACGGACAUCGAUGCAGUAGAGACCCCGCUCCAGGGGAACGAUGUCCUGGAAUUCAGCCGAGGUGUGACCGACCUUGACGCCGUAGGGAAGGAAGGAGGUUCCCACGCAGACCCCAAGGUUCACUUGCUGAAGGACCAGCUGGCUGCCGAGGCCGCCGCGCGGCUGGAGGCCCAGGCCCGAGUGCACCAGCUCCUGCUGCAGAACAAGGACAUGCUCCAGCACAUCUCCCUGCUGGUCAAGCAGGUGCAGGAGCUGGAGCUGAAGCUAUCGGGACAGAGUGCGAGUAAGUGA